UAUGCUCAUUGCACCAGAGAAAUGGAAGGUCCAAUGAAGCACAUUUGUUGUCUAGUGUUUCUUGUAAUCCUAGGAAUUGCUGGGUUUGAUGGGGUUUAUGGGGCUGGUGAAUGUGGGAAAUCUUCGCCUGAGGCAGAGGCUUGGAAGCUGGCUCCCUGUGUAUCAGCAGCACAGGAUGUGAAUGCUGAAGUUUCUGAUAGGUGCUGCAGUCAAGUGAAAAAGAUUGGCCAGAACCCAAGCUGCCUUUGUGCUGCUAUGCUUUCUAAUACAGCUAAAAGUUCCGGAGUUAAACCAGAGGUUGCGGUGACCAUUCCCAAACGAUGCAAUAUUGCUGAUCGUCCUGUGGGAUACAAGUGUGGAGCUUAUACAUUGCCUUGAAGACUGAAGUUCCCAAGUCAUUUGUGCCUGAGAAUGUGAAGUAGAUGCAGAUUGUAUGUUAGUUAUUACUAGUGUGCUGAGAUUGUAUGUUAGUUAUUACCAGUAUGCUGAGAUUGUAACCUUCUAGCUGCUUCAUCUAUCUAAAUCAUUUCACUGUGACAUCUAGGCACUUGAAUAACAAUAAUAAUAAAAAUAAAUAAUGACUUGUUGGUUCUU